AUGGUUGUUGGUGAAUUGUUGUUGGAUGAUGAAUGGUUGCUGGAUGAGGGAUGGUUGUUGGAUGAUGAAUGGUUGCUGGAUGAGGGAUGGUUGUUGGAUGAUGAUUGGUUGCUGGAUGAGGGAUGGUUGUUGGAUGAUGAUUGGUUGCUGGAUGAGGGAUGGUUGUUGGAUGAUGAAUGGUUGCUGGAUGAGGGAUGGUUGUUGGAUGAUGAUUGGUUGCUGGAUGAGGGAUGGUUGUUGGAUGGUGAAUGGUUGCUGGAUGAGGGAUGGUUGUUGGAUGAUGAAUGGUUCCUGGAUGAGGAAUGGUUAUUGGAUGGUGAAUGGCUGUUAGAUGAAGAAUCCGGUUUACUCGGCAUCUCAGUUCUUAAAAAAAAAUUCCCCUCACUUUAG